AUGGGAAGACGCCUGCCUGUUCUCUACUCUCUUUCCGAGAACUACAAAAGCCUGCCGGCAUCUUUUGAUCCCCGCAAAAAAUGGCCAAACUGCAAGACUCUCUUUGAAAUUCGCGAUCAAGGUAGCUGCGGAUCCUGCUGGGCGUUCGGCGCGGCUGAAGCCAUGUCGGACCGACUAUGCAUCCAGCAGCAGACAGUAAGCGGGAGGGCAGUGAUGGUACGACUAAGCGCCGAUGAUCUGCUCUCCUGUUGUCGUGACUGCGGAAUGGGCUGCAAUGGCGGUUUCCCCUCUCAGGCGUGGAAUUUCUGGAAGCAUGAAGGUCUUGUCAGUGGUGGUCUCUAUGGUACUAAGGGGGUGUGUCGCGCCUACGAGAUACCCCCCUGCGAGCACCACGUCAACGGCACCCGUCCUCCGUGCGAGGGCGAUGCCCCAACACCUAAGUGUAAGAAUGUCUGCCAGGAGGAGUACAAAGUUCCCUACAAAAAGGACAAGCAUUACGCCGUGAAAGUGUACUCUGUUCAUUCCAACGAGGAUGCGAUCAAGCACGAGCUGAUAACACACGGUCCUGUGGAAGCGGACUUUGAGGUGUACGCUGACUUCCCCACCUACAAGUCUGGCGUGUACCAGCAUGUGAGCGGCGCGCUGCUCGGCGGCCACGCAAUUAAGUUGAUGGGCUGGGGCGAGGAGGACGGCGUACCCUACUGGCUGUGCGCCAAUUCCUGGAACACUGACUGGGGUGAAGGCGGCUUCUUCAAAAUCCUCCGAGGAAAAAAUCACUGCGGCAUCGAGAGCGACAUUGUCGCAGAUGGUGAUGUAGACUGUAUAGCUGGACUUGGACGUGGACAGAAAAAGACAGGGAUCGCGCAUGCGCAGUUCACUCGGGGUGAUGAGGCGGCUACGAAGGCUGGCGCGAGUGUGCUACUGGGUCGUCCGAUUCUCGUCGCUCGUUUACACCACAGGAAAAUGCUUCUUCAACAGCUUCUCAUGUUGCUGAUUGCACACUGGUCCUCCAGAAAGCCACAUCAGAGCGACCGCUUAACGGACAUAAUAGAAUAUAUCAAUAACAAGGCGAAUACAACGUGGAGGGCUGGAGAAAAUGAACGUUUUACUGAUGCUCUCUCAGCAAAGUCACAGAUGGGAAGUCUUUUCAACCCAGGGGGAUCCAUGCUGCCCACCAAGUCGUCUCACCUCUCGUCGAUGCAGAAGGCGGCGCUUCCCUCAGAAUUUGACGCACGCAAAGCCUGGCCUGAUUGCCCCACCAUCGGCGAGAUCCGCGAUCAAGGCACGUGCGGAUCCUGCUGGGCAAGUCCACAACGCUUCGAUCUACCGUCGAAUCUUAUUGCUUUUGGAGCUACUGAAGCUAUGUCAGACCGUAUCUGCAUACAUUCGGAAGGGAAGGAGGUGGUGAGAAUAUCUGCGGACGAUUUACUCUCCUGCUGUGGUUUAUUCUGUGGCUUCGGUUGCAAUGGAGGCCUACCCAAGAACGCCUGGAAGUACUGGGCCAGAGAGGGGAUUGUAUCGGGUGGACUCUACGGGUCGCAUGUGGGCUGUCGUCCCUACGACAUCCCGCCCUGCGAGCACCACACCAGUGGCAAUCGGCCAGACUGCAAGGGCAACUCGAAGACGCCGAAGUGCCAAAGGCAGUGUGUCGAGAGCUUCGAUGGGGAAUAUCAGGCUGACAAACAUUUUGCCUCGAAUGUAUACAAUGUCCGAGCUAGCGAGGAGGAUAUUAUGAAUGAAAUAAUGGUUUACGGGCCGGUUGAAGCAGACUUCAUUGUGUAUGCGGAUUUCUUGACCUACAAGUCCGGUGUCUACCAAUAUGUCAAGGGAGGAUUCCUAGGAGGUCAUGCGGUGAAGAUCUUAGGAUGGGGAGAGGAGAAUGGGGUACCUUACUGGCUUUGCGCAAAUUCUUGGAACACCGAUUGGGGUGAUGGCGGCUUUUUCAAAAUUCUUCGUGGCUACAACCACUGCAAGAUAGAAGCCGAUAUCAAUGCUGGUAUUCCAAAAAUAAGGAAGUGA